AUGUCUCUCGCUGGUACAGCAGCAUCCUGGUCUCAAACCUUAAAUCCACGGCAUGGGGACGCCGGAGAAAAGAACGCCUUGCCGCCUGAUCCAGUAAGAGCGCAAUCCAAACUCGCAGCCGUCAAUGGCCCCAACGACGAAUAUGGGAGAACAUGGGGGGUCGAGGGCGCCACCGGUGUCGGUCAUUGGCUCCAGGAUCGACGGUCCCCAGCAGCUGCACCGUGGGAAAAAGAGAGAGCACACCCUCGCAAGCCCAAAAGCCCAGCCCAUCCCAGCCUGCCAAGUGCCCCCGUCGAUUUGGACCAACCCUCCGCGUCCCUCGGAUUCCCACCGUCGUCGUGA